CUGAUACCUCCGCUCCUGCUGGUGCUGCUUCCUGUGACACUCGACGAACUACGAUGGAGGACGAUAUCGCGUUUACGGCGUCCGUGUGGGGUGCCCCUGCCGAGCCCAUGCCCCCGCUAACCGUGCAGCCUCCGAGUUUCACGGCCUCGCCUGGGCCGUCGACUCAGGACGAUUUCGACGACUUCGAUAACUUUGGCACGCCUGCGGAGACCGCUGCGGGCUCGGGAGAGGACGGCGAGGAUGAUUUCGGGGACUUUGGCGACUUUGGAGAGACGCAGCAGAUGCCCGUAACCCCUGGUGGUUUCUCGUCCUUUGGCGGAGCAACGUACGACGAGCCAGAGAGCAUCGGGGGUCCCUCCUUCGCGCCUGAUUGGAAGCCAUUACAAGUGGACCCUCUUCCAUCACGAGAUACGCUACAAGAGGAGGUGGAUGAGAUCCUUGGCCCGCUAUGGGCACACGACGACACUUCGCAUAUCACCGAGGACGAGAUCAGGGAGGUGGGCGGCCUCAGCCAGACACUGGUGACCCCAGAAAGUCGGCAGCUGUAUAACGCCCUCCUACCACCCACGCCGCCCUCGUUCCAGCCCGUGAACUGGGUACGAUCGCGCAUUCGACGACAACAUCUCAUCUCCCUUGGGAUCCCGGUCAACCUGGAUGAGGUCCUUCCUCGCGCAAAUGGCGCGUUGCCUAUGCUCGAGAUCCACACGCGUCCAAUGUCGGCACCACCGGGCCCUCGCGGAGGCGUCAGCAAGCUACAGACUGCUGCGCUCAACAGCGCACGAAGCGGCACGUCGCAACCGGGCUCGCCUGCAGCGAAACAUGGGGCGUUGGCUGCCUCCCAGCUGCGGCUCGGCCCGCGGCCCGAGAUUGACGAGGCGAAGAUGGAAGCGCUCCUCGACUUGUCUGCAGACGAGUUGUCACUGCUACCACUACGUUCCGUAGAGGCCCACCUGGCGGAGAUCAAGGAGCAGACGGCGAAGGCAUCGGCCUUGCUGACAUACCUGUUGCAAAUGCGGGACGGUCUCCAGCAGGACUCGGAGACUUACAACAAACUCAUCGGGGAACUGGUGGGAGAGGCGCAGAAGAUCAAGACGGGAAAGCGCACAGCGGGCAGCCGGCGAGGGAGCGGCGCAUUGUAGAGCUGGAUUUCUUGUGUUGUACUCAUAUAAUACCA